CUAUAAACUGAUAUCCUGGACUGACUCUUCCUUGAGAAGCAGGGAGAGUGAGGCAGGAGCUGCACCAGAGAGCUUCCAGGAUAAGGCUUACCCACUGCAACCUUCUGUUCUCUUUCUCCUUUCCCUUUCCUUUCCUUCCUUUCUGCUUCAGGUCCUCCACGCUCCUCUGCCGCUAUGAUGCAGCAGCCGCAAGCCGCUCCGGUUGACCCCACAAAAAUGGGUGUCGGCCGGUCUAUCGCUGUGCUGACAUCUGGGGGUGAUGCCCAGGGUAUGAACGCUGCAGUGAGGGCAACAGUCAGAGUUGGCCUCUACACCGGAGCCAAAGUCUACUUCGUUCAUGAGGGCUACCAGGGCCUGGUGGAUGGAGGAGACAAUAUUCGCCUAGCAACCUGGGAGAGCGUGUCCAUGAUGCUGCAGUUGGGGGGAACCGUCAUUGGCAGUGCCCGCUGCCAGGACUUCCGCACAAAGGAGGGGCGUAACAAGGCAGCCUUAAACCUGGUCAAGCUUGGCAUCACUAACCUUUGCGUGAUUGGAGGUGAUGGCAGUUUGACUGGAGCCAAUGAGUUCCGCUCAGAGUGGAGCGAGCAGUUGGCUGCCCUGGUCAAAGCUGGUAAGAUCACCGCAGAAGAAGUGAAGCGUUCCUCUCACCUGAACAUAGUGGGCAUGGUGGGAUCCAUCGACAACGACUUCUGUGGCACCGAUAUGACCAUCGGUACAGACUCCGCCCUACACCGUAUUAUGGAGGUGGUGGACGCCAUCACCACUACAGCACAGAGUCACCAGAGGACCUUCAUCCUGGAGGUGAUGGGCCGACACUGUGGGUACCUGGCCCUGGUGACAGCUCUGGCCUCAGGAGCUGACUGGGUGUUCAUCCCAGAGAUGCCUCCUGAUGACGGAUGGGAGGAUCACCUGUGCAGGAGACUGAAGGAGACCAGGGGCAGGGGAUCUCGUCUGAAUGUCAUCAUCGUGGCUGAGGGGGCCUUGGACAGGCAUGGAAAGCCCAUCACCUGUGACCAGAUUAAGAAUCUAGUGUCAAAGAGGCUCGGCUAUGACACUCGAGCCACUGUCCUUGGGCAUGUGCAGAGAGGUGGCACCCCCUCAGCCUUCGACAGAAUCCUGGGCAGCAGGAUGGGUGUGGAGGCUGUCAUGGCUCUGUUGGAGGCCACCCCAGAGACACCAGCUUGUGUGGUCAGUCUGUCCGGAAAUAUGGCAGUCAGGUUGCCUCUGAUGGAGUGUGUGCAAGUGACUAAAGAUGUCACUAAAGCCAUGGCUGAGGGGAGAUUUGAUGAUGCCAUCAAACUCAGGGGAAGGAGCUUUGAGAAUAACUGGAACACCUACAAGCUUCUAGCUCAUGUGCACCUCCCUGAUGUCAAGAGUAACAUCAAUAUCGCCAUUUUAAACGUUGGGGCGCCCUGUUCUGGCAUGAACGCCGCUGUGCGCUCAGCCGUGAGAAUCGGCAUCCUCCAGGGCCACCACAUGCUGGCAGUGCACGAUGGGUUCGAGGGACUGGCCUGUGGUCUGGUUGAGCCCAUUGACUGGGCCGGGGUAGGAGGCUGGACAGGGAAGGGCGGCUCCAUAUUGGGAACCAAGAGAACGCUGCCUGGAAACAUGGUGGAGGACAUCAGCCUGACCAUCGCAAAAUUCAACAUCCACGCCCUGGUCAUUAUUGGAGGUUUUGAGGCAUUUUCUGGUGGGCUGGAGCUAGUGAAAGCCAGGGAGAAGUAUGAGGAGCUGUGUAUCCCCCUAGUGGUUAUUCCUGCCACUGUUUCCAACAAUGUGCCUGGAUCAGACUUCAGCAUCGGAGCUGACACAGCUCUCAACACCAUCACCACAACUUGCGACAGGAUCAAGCAGUCGGCAGCUGGAACCAAGCGUCGCGUGUUCAUCAUUGAGACGAUGGGCGGGUACUGCGGUUACCUGGCAACCAUGGCGGGUCUUUCCUCAGGGGCUGAUGCUGCCUACAUCUUCGAGGACCCUUUCAACAUCCAUGACCUGGAGCUGAAUGUGCAGCAUCUGGUGGAGAAGAUGAAGACAACAGUGAAAAGAGGCUUGAUUCUCAGGAAUGAGAAAUCCAAUCCUAACUACACCACCGACUUCAUCUAUAACCUAUACUCUGAGGAAGGCAAGGGCAUCUUUGACUGCCGCAAGAAUGUGCUCGGACACAUGCAGCAGGGUGGAACCCCCACUCCUUUUGACAGGAAUUUUGGUACCAAAAUGGGAGCAAAGGCUAUUCUGUGGCUCACAGAGAAAAUGAAAGAGUGCUACAGACAUGGUCGUAUCUUUGCCAACACACCUGAUUCAGCAUGUGUGCUGGGUAUGAAAAAGAGAGCACUGGUGUUUCAGUCUUUCGCUGAGCUUAAGGAUCAGGUUGACUUUGAGCACCGCAUCCCCAAGGCCCAGUGGUGGAUGAGGCUGAGGCCAAUCCUGAAGAUCCUGGCCAAAUACAAAGUCCAUCUGGAUACAUCUGAGAAAGCUGCUAUGGAGCAUGUUAUUAAGAAAAGGGCAUAAACAGGAGAUAUGCUGGAUAUAUGGGAGAGCAUAAACUGAGCACUAGCACCACAAGUGUCUUUUCUGAUGAGCUGCUAACAUAAUGUGAUGGUUCCAUCCUAUCCCUUCCUUCUGAUGUCAGAUUUCAGCUUCACUAUCUCAGCUCUUCACUCCACUAGUUGGCAUCUGUUCUUUUACCCCAUUUUUUGACUUCCUGCUCUCUUGACUUGUUCUCUCCUGCUUCUCAGUCUCAUUCUCUUCACUGGUCUUUCCUUUCACUUAUAAUGAUUUCCUCUGUGUGCAAAGUGCCCCAGUGAUACUCCAUGGGGAUGUGAUGUCUUUCCAUUGUAUAAACACAUUAAAACAAUGUCUUACAAACA